AUGUACAAUCAGCUGCAGCAGAAGAUGCAGCAGCAGCAGCAGCGGCACGAGCAUCAGCAGCAGGAGUUACAGCAGCAGCAGCAGCAACAGCAGCAACAGCAGCAGCAGCAGCAGCAGCAGCAGGUUGCUGGAGCAUUACAGCAGCAACAGCAGCAGCAGCAGCAGCAGCAGCAGGUUGCUGGAGCAUUGAUGAGCAGCAGCAGCAGCAGCAGCAGCAGCAGCAAUUUUAGCCUCUUUGCUGCAGCAGCUGCAGCAGCAACAGCAGCAGCAGCAGCAGCAGCAGCAGCAGCAGCAGCAGCAGCAGCAGCAACAGCAACAGCAGCAGCAGCAGCUGAGAUGAAGCAGAAGCAGCAGCAGCUGCAGCACCAACAGCAGCAGCAGCAGCAACAACAAGAGCAGCAGAACCGACAGCAACAGCAGCAACAACAACAGCACCAGCAGCAACAACAACAACAACAACAACAGCACCAGCAGCAGCAACAGCACCAGCAGCAGCAACAGCACCAGCAGCAGCAGCAGCAGCAGCAGCAGCAGCAGCAGCAGCAGCAGCAGCAGCACGCAUACGGUGUUUAG